CGUGAUAAGGUAAAGUGCAACUGACAACAAACCGGAUGCUUUUUUUGGCGAUAUUUGGUUUCUAAGACACGAUCUUACCUACAACAAAACUGUAUCCAGAGAUCUCACUUCGAUUCAUUUUGGAAAAGGGACAGUGUUCUUUCGGAAUGAAAUACGUAACAUGAAUAGCGAACUAUUGAUCACGCUUAACGAACAAUGAUUUAUGCUUUUACAUUGGGCUUUAAAAAGAAUAAUCUCAUCUUUCUAUCUUUUGAAUGUAGGGAUAACGCAUGUUUUUCGUGUUAUAACAUCUGCAGAAUCCCGUAGUUUUCUCUCCUGUUAAAACACCCCUGAAAAGUGACGAGAAUUUAACAUAAUAGCCGCUUGAAGAAAUUACCAUUAGUCUUAACGCAUGUGUUUAAUAGAAUCCGUAUUAAAUCUUUGAUACGUUUGUUCUUAUUUAUUUGAAUUUUAAUUUAUUUAGUUUUUUCUUUAUAUUUUCGCCAUGAGGGAAUUAAUCUAUUGAAGCUGUUUUAAUAUGAGGGAUGGAUGGAUUACAAUAUAUCUGUCACUAUCAGUGAUUUUUCUUCCUUCUGGUCUCGUGUACGGUGCGUGCACUUUCCCGUCUGAUCUACAAGGUAACUGGAUUAGCUCUGACAAGGGUACUCUAAACUUUACAUCUGACACUAUCUGGAAGUAUCCACUUCCGGUCUAUAAUGUUAUUACGGAAACCAAUUUCGUCUGCGAGGAAAAGAGAGGGGAUAAGUACAUGCUAAAAUCUCAGACUACAUUUGUUGUAAUACUGCCGCCAUCUUACUUCGCAUACAUUUGUCUUGAGCUUCACCCAAUUUCCAGCUACAAGUACUGGUACCAGGUUGCCAAUGAUAUACACUCGAAAGUAAAGCUGAGAGUACAUUUGCAAUUUUAUCAUAUCAAUGUCGAUUUUGCGACCGCCUGCAAUAGAAGCGAACCAUACGAGACAGCUACAUUCAACACUUUAGUCAAGGAAGGUGCAUUAGAAGAUGGUCUUGUCGAAGCAACUUGUCCAUUUGAAUUAUUUCAUACAUUUUCUAAUGGAAGUUUGACCUCAGCAGAUGAUUCAACGUCAUGUGUCAACACGACGUUGGACGUAUGUACAGAAAGAACACAGAUGCGUGUUACGUACGACCCUUCCUGCGAUGCCUCAUUGAAAAUUUCAAGUGAAGGUAUGAAUAUCUGCUUAUUGGAACAGACCAACGGCACUUCCGGUGUGACGUAUUUGCACGUGUGGAACAAUGACACAACAUUGACCAUGCGGAGGAUCAAUUGUUAUGCAUUUGAAAAAUCAGGAGAUGUAAUGACGGCCACUUUAUACCCGGGAGCAUGCCAACCUGACCAGACUUCCAUGGUGGUGUCUGACCCGGGUAUAAAAGUCCAGUAUAAAUCAAUUACAAAGGACACAUCGGAAGGUGGACCACAAACUAUUUAUUUUGCUGCAAUAAUUCUUGGUGCUCCCGCAUUUAUAAUAUUACUUGUUUUAAUAAUCUGCAUUAUUUGCAAGACAAAGUGUAGAUGCAUAACAAAACUGUGCAAAAAGAAUAAAAUAGGUCAUUCUGACGCUUCACUGGCGUCCUCAAUGGAGGACGGUAUGGAACCGUAUCUGCGCGCGAUGAAACGUGUCGACCAACCACGAGGCGUGUUUGUUGCUAGGAAACCAAUUAAGCUUGGACCAAUCAUAAAGCCACGUUUGGAACCGCCGCCGAAGGUGGAGCUACUCUAUGACGUGGAACCAAGACCAACCAGUGCAGAUGGGAAUAUCUGGUUUGAGGGUUACUGGUCAAGCAGUAACGAGACUCCGCGGAAUUACCAGCACGUUGACAAAUUACAUUUAACAAUGUAUGUUACAUUGCCAGUAUUAAUUCUGACUGGAUAUUGUGUCUGCUGCUGCUGGAGCGCGUGCACUUAUCCUAGCGAUCUGAUUGGUGAAUGGUACAGCACGAGCUUCGGAACGCUGGACUUUGUAACAAACCAAUCAUUUUCAGGCUUUACCUCAGAUUUGUCUGCAGCACCUUUGACCUUCACAUGUUAUGAAGCGUCAGGAUCUCUAUACGUUUCAAUGUCAUCUUACAUUUUAUUCUCAAGCGUCACAGUCGAUGUCUACCUUUGCAUGAAUAUGCAGAAAAUAUCUACAAUCAAAUAUUACUACACUUUGGAAGGGAACCGAGAUUCGGGAACAGGGGUUCGUUUUUAUUUACCAGCAGACACAGGAGAAAUCGUCACCCUGUCAACAGCUUGUACUCACACUGACACACGUUCACCUGGAGAGUAUGAACUAUUAAUCAAGAAAGACCAGCUGCUGAGUGCAGUAACUUCUUGCCCGAGUGACUUACAAUCAACAUUUAAUGUUACCAUGACAACAAUCAGUGCCGCAAGUUGUACAGAAUCAAAAAUGGAAGGGUCAGCUGGUGCUCUAGUGUUUAACUACUCAUCCUGUGUAACUGGACAGUUCAGCAGUGGGGGAUAUCUGCAGUGUUUAUAUAGUAAAACAGACGGAUACAGUUAUGCGACACUGUAUAAUAAUGACAGUAGCACGGACGAAAGUUCUACCUAUAUGGUUACAUGUCUUGCAUAUGAAAAAAAUGCGGAUACACUGAAAGGCACAGAGAGUCCAAACAGUUGUCUUCCAUCCCAGACACCUACCUCCGUCGAGUCUCCAGGAAUCACUUAUGUAAUGACGGAUCUAUUAUAUACAGUACCAGAAGAAAAGGAUUUCACCACAAUCAUCAUAGUCGUAUGCUGUAUAUCAGUCGUGAUUAUAAUCGUCAUCAUCGUGGUCGUCAUUGUAUAUUUCAAAGUUUGCCGUAAACCUAAACCAGAGCCUCCUCCUAAAAUCAGGAAGAAAAAGAGGAAACUCUCAAUAACUGAAUAUACACCAAGAUCGCUUGGUAGAGCUUCUUCGGUGGAAAAGUUAGAGGAAGGUGUCAUAAAUAAGAAAAGUACAGAAGAAAUAAUAACCGGACUUGCUGUGGACAAGAAAGAUAAACAUGUGUUUCUUAAUGGUGAUGCUUACGAACCACCGAAAAAAGAGGCAUGGCAGACGAAAUGGGAAAACGUCAGAAACAAAAUAUCUCCUAGACUGACACAAGAAAAUUUAAGAAGAAUGAAGCAGUCAUUUCAAAGUGAUGGAGGAAUUUCGAGUCUUGAGGAAUUAUCAAUAUCAGAUUUAGAUAAAGCUUAUACUUUAUCAACAUCUUUGCCGGAGAGUAUAGAUAUUCCAUUUAAACAAAGCACUAAAUCAGUGAACUUUGAUGCUGCCUUAAGGAAUUCAGUAACUCCAAAAUAUACCGAGAAGUCUCAUGCUAUCCCGAAUAUUCCGGCAAGUACAGGAAAAUUUGGCGGUUCUCCUAAAAUAAGAUCAACUGAAUCGAUACAAAUGCCAAGCGCUGAGCCAAAACUAGAUACAAUUACUGAAAAUCCGUUAUCUAGAGAAAACACAUGCAUUUCGCAGAAAGGCAGCCCAACAAAACGAUUGAGAGAACACCCGAAUCUUACUCGAAUAUUGAGCGGUGGUGAUGUAACAGCUCUAUCAACAGUCUUAACAUCACACAGUACCGCCUCGGUAGGUGAUAUCCGCUUGCAAAACUCAUUUCAGAAUCUAAGUAGUAGAAAUAGUUAUUUGAGUGCAUCUAAUGCUAGCAUUUUCGACGAUCCAAGGUGGUUGAUGGAGAACAAGAAAACAUCUGGAGGAGAUAAUGCUUUUCAAAGCAUAAAAAACCUCAUACCAUCUAUUCCUAAAGAAAAAGAGAGGGAUCCAAAAUGGUUCAUGAAAACACCAAAGAUACCAGAUGUUUCGAGAGAGGAUAUGGAAUACUACAAAAGUAGAAAUAAGUUCUAUGUAGGGUUGAACUCAGGUCCAAGAAAAGGAAGUACAAGUAGUUUGGAAAUAAUUCAGCGUGAAAAGAUGCGAAGAAAACACGAAAAAGGCAAACCAGAUAAGCCUAAGCUUGUCCGUCCAGUCUCACCGCAUUUUGAAGAUGGCUGGCAAUAUAAAUGGGAGAAGAUGAUGCGGCCUAAGAACGUCCUGUCUGCAAUAAAACGUCACAUUCAGCGGUCACAAACGCCUGUGAAGUUAUUUCAAAAUAUAAUUGUCGAAGAACCUAGCUGUACAUCAGCUGACAACACAGUGGCCGAUGAUCAAGACAAUGGGAAAAUAGAACAAAUGAAAUUGACUGAAAACGAAAGCGAUAAUCAAAACGCAGCUAAAGCAACUGAGGAAGAAAAUGAACACUGUGAGUCAAAGAAUGGUCUGCCAAAUGACAUACCUAAUAAUAAAGAUGAAGUCGCAAGUACGACAUCUGAUACGAGUCGUAAAACAUUCGUCGCUAUUGUGGAUGAAAAAGACUGCAAGACUAAUAAGUUAUCGUCGGUAAGGUCAAAGAAAAAAUCAAAGGAAAAGAACUCAAAAAAGAAAAACCCGGCUUCUUACGUUAAGGAAGAAACAACAUCACAUAAAGUAAGCGAUUCGUAUAAAAACUUGACUGAUUCAUUGGAAAACGUUCCUAAUCAUUCUUCAGAUACUAAUUACGAUGAUACUACAACUAUAGACAAAGAAAGACAUGAUAAUGUUGGCACUUCUAUCACUGAUACAACGCUAAUAGACAAACCAGAAAAUAUCAUUGAAGUAACAAAGACAAAUUCCGUAUCAGCUAGAAGCGACAGUAUAAGAACUUUAGGACAGAUUGACUACGACUCUGUAAGCUUGCAUUCGGAACUGUUUUUCCCGGAUGACUGGCUUUAUGACAGCUGCUCAGCUUUAGACCAAAUUUGGAAAAUCGGAAAAAGAUCGACAUCAAACAAGAGGAAAAAAGAAUACAAACAAUAUAUAGGCAAUGAUGAAGACAUGCAAGGACGAAGCGCCACCAUGUUUGAACUAAACAAAGAAAAAGAAAAACCUGUCAUUCAAACAAUACCAAGGUGGCAAAGUAAAUGGGAAAUUGACAUGAGACCCGACCCAAGUAAAGAUCAUAUAAACACCUUGCAGACCUGGAAGAGUAUGCCACUACCUACAACAGAACGAGCAAGUGCUGAAAGUAAAGCCUCACCACUCAACAGGUCGAUUCACAGUCGCAAAAGUAAGAAAAGCAGAACACGAGAGAAAAGAGGAACAUUGGGUAGAUUGUCGUCUGGUGCACUGCCCCCUGUGGAAGACACGGAAAAAAUCGAUAUACAGAGUGUUGCUUCAUACAGAGUUGAUGACUUUAAAAUGCUACACAAGACGGACGACAGAACACAAAGUCUAUUAGAUUUAACAGCAAGGCUCUGGCAUAUUGAGCCAAAGAAACACAACAAGUCCUGGUUCCUAGGUCCUGACAGCAAGAACGUACCUGAGCCUACAUUCUUACAACUUAUUUUUUUUGGAUAUGUUUACACCCUACAUCUACUAUACAUUUCAGAAUCUUGUUUUCUUCCAAGUGACCUGAGUGGGGCCUGGUACAGCAGUACCAAAGGCCUUAUCUCAUUCAACGCCACGUCAAAUGCGACAACUAUACCUUCCUUCAGCACAAGCAAGUUUGGAACUUUAUCUUUCUCUUGCUCUGUCUCAUCAGAGUCCAAAUAUAUAUUCAAGUCCUCUUCAUUCGCGUACUACGGUCUGAAUUUUGAAGUUUUCAUCUGCCUGGAAAUAUCUGAGAGGAAAUCUGCAAGUUUUUAUAUCUACUAUCUAGGCUCAGUGGAAAAUGCAGAUGCGGAUAAUGAAAGACUUAAGUCUGCAUUGGUGUCAUCUAAUACUAUACCAACAGUUGCCUCUAUGUGUGACAGGGUCACAUAUGCUACUGGAUCCGAGAAUAUCUUACUGAAAAACGAUGGUAAUGAGCUAAACUCUAUGAUUCGUUUCCCUUUCGAUUUCCGCGGGAAAUGGACUUACAAUUACACAAGCGGUGGAAGCACUUCCUGCGCCUCGGACAGUGGGGUAGACAUCUGCGGUAGCGGAGAGGCCAGGACAAUGACAUACAACUACACCGCGUGCUCAACCAUACAGGCAUAUUCUGCAACUGGUGUAUUAAAGUGUAUUUACUACACAAGUGAUUCAAGCUUUACCUAUAUGUACGUGUAUAAUACUGACUCUACCACGGAUGAGAGCACGACAUAUAGAUUCACGUGUUAUGUCAUAUCUAAAGUCGGCUCAAUAGUUUAUGCAACCCAGUAUCCACAGCAAUGUGCGUCUUCACAAAACGCCACAUCUGUGUCCUCACCAGGCGCAUUACUCGUUUUCUCAAGAACAGAGUCAUGCCGUAAGUAUGCUUGUCUGGUAGUCUGA